ACAUGGACGAUGAAUAUUAUCCUGCGAUUUCGAUGAAAACUGACUGCGGUGACAUGGAACAAGAUCACGUGUCGAUAAAAGAUGAACCUUCCAGCGAAACAGACAGUAACCACUCUUCCUGCCCAUCGUCACCACACUCUAUAUAUGUCAAUGCCAGCGAUAUGCCGUUAGAUGUCGAAAUGGUUCCGGAUCACCGCACAGCCCUUAUCAACACCACCACGAACGUAAUGCUAACGUCGCCUCACACUAUCAUCCCGCAGAGGAUACACCUACCUGGCGCAACGAGGGCGACCAUCAAAAUAGAACCAGUGACUGCUGCACACUUCCACAACUUACCACCCACGCCUCCGUCUUGUAGCAGCAGCGAGGACAGCGAGGAUAAUGCUACUAUUUCGCAGCCAAGUUCCCCCGCAGCAAGGAAAACAGCCAGGCUGAUGUUGAGUCAGGUGUCGUCCAGGCAGCCGAUCAACACGCCGCUGAUCAGCAACCAGCCGUCCAUGCACGACGUUUUGAAAAUGCAGUCUGGGGAUAUGACGAUAGAAUGGAGCUACAUUUCCAGUAAGGAUAUACCGGGUGUUAUUCUCCACGACAGGCUCAUGACGGAUGCCGUUUUGGGAACCAGACCAAUCAAAACAGAGCAUUCUUACAGUUUAACGUCUGAUGGAGAUAGUUUAUCCAGUUCGCCACAUCAUAAAGUUGAUGCGCGGUGUAGCCAAGUGCAUGACAUGGAACAAGAUCACGUGUCGAUAAAAGAUGAACCUUCCAGCGAAACAGACAGUAACCACUCUUCCUGCCCAUCGUCACCACACUCUAUAUACGUCAAUGCCAGCGAUAUGCCGUUAGAUGUCGAAAUGGUUCCGGAUCACCGCACAGCCCUUAUCAACACCACCACGAACGUAAUGCUAACGUCGCCUCACACUAUCAUCCCGCAGAGGAUACACCUACCUGGCGCAACGAGGGCGACCAUCAAAAUAGAACCAGUGACUGCUGCACACUUCCACAACUUACCACCCACGCCUCCGUCUUGUAGCAGCAGCGAGGACAGCGAGGAUAAUGCUACUAUUUCGCAGCCAAGUUCCCCCGCAGCAAGGAAAACAGCCAGGCUGAUGUUGAGUCAGGUGUCGUCCAGGCAGCCGAUCAACACGCCGCUGAUCAGCAACCAGCCGAUCUCUGCUCAAGAAAGCCGAAGAAAAAAGAAAGAAUACAUGGACCAGCUCGAGAGAAAAGUAGAGCAUCUGGUAAACGAGAACUCCAACUACCGAGAGAAAAUCGAGAGCCUGGAAGACUCCAAUACGAACCUCUUGAACCAGCUGGAGAGAUUACAAGCCAUCGUAGCCAGAACCCAUCCGCAGAUAUUGAAGCAAAUCAAACAGCUCAAUUGAGAGACGGUAAACCAUCCGGUCGUCGCUUUUAAGUCGUUAUGUACAAAAACAUGAGGCUCUGCCAAAAUUAUUAACAAGUAAUUUCGUACGAACUGUUCGAUUUCGGUGACAGGCUCGAUGCCAAUCUGUGGCACGGUUACGGCAUCUCACAUUGUAUGAACGAGUACUCCACACCCUGAGUAUGUCUUCCAACAACACAUUCCAUUGUUACAAAAUAUUUUUGAAUAUAUAUAUAACCAAAGGUA